GGUGAUCUUAAACACAGUCAGUUUGUAAUUCUGACAGUCCACGACCUGGGAUGCAAUCAUUCAAUGUGGACCAACUUCCUGGCUGGUCCAUCGAUGGAAGAGAUCAUUCGCAGAGGAGCCUUUAUCCAUGUUGAUAUUCCAGGUCAGGAGGAUGAUGCUCCGGAUCUUCCAGCUGA